AUGCAUAUCAAUUAUUCUCCAUUUGGGGUUCUAAUUUCACUCUUAUUCAUUGUUACUUUUCUUGCACCUCAAGUCCAAUCAAGGGCUUUCUUCGUCUUCGGUGACUCUCUCGUCGACAAUGGAAACAAUGAUUACCUUAUCACCACUGCUCGCGCCGACAAUUAUCCGUAUGGUAUCGAUUAUCCGACCCGUAGACCCACCGGACGUUUCUCUAAUGGCCUUAACAUUCCCGACAUUAUCAGUGAGGCUAUAGGCAUGCCUUCGACUUUGCCGUACCUUAGUCCUCAGCUCACCGGAGAAAAACUUCUCGUCGGUGCUAAUUUCGCCUCCGCCGGAAUUGGAAUCCUCAAUGACACCGGAAUUCAAUUCGUAAACAUUAUUAGAAUUUUCAAGCAAUUCGAAUACUUCGAACAGUACCAGCAACGAUUGGGUGCAUUGAUCGGACCAGAAGCUACACAGCAACUAGUUAACCAAGCUCUUGUCUUAAUCACACUCGGUGGCAACGAUUUCGUCAACAAUUAUUAUGUCGUUCCUUUUUCAGCUCGUUCUCGCCAAUUCGCAUUAGGGGACUACGUUGUGUAUCUCAUUUCUGAAUACGGAAAGAUUCUAAGGAAACUAUACGAGUUGGGCGCAAGACGAGUUCUAGUAACCGGAACUGGUGCGAUGGGAUGUGCACCCGCGGAACUGGCUCAGCAUAGCCGCAAUGGCGAAUGCUAUGGUCCCCUCCAAACAGCUGCGGCAUUGUUCAAUCCACGAUUAGCUGAUUUGAUCGCAUCAAUCAAUGCUGAGAUUGGUCAGGAUGUUUUUGUAGCAGCCAAUGCCUAUCAAAUGAACAUGGAUUAUCUCUCUAACCCAGAACAAUUCGGUUUUGUGACAUCGAAGGUGGCAUGUUGUGGACAAGGACCGUACAAUGGCAUAGGAUUAUGCACACCAAUCUCGAACUUGUGUCCGAACAGAGACUUAUAUGCGUUUUGGGAUGCGUUUCAUCCAACAGAGAAAGCCAAUAGGAUCAUUGUUAAUCAGAUCCUCACUGGUUCCUCCGAGUAUAUGCACCCUAUGAACCUUAGUACCGUCAUGCUCUUGGAUUCUAUUAGAAUCUAG